GGAAGCGGUCGCGCCCCCAGAACGAGGAGGAGUUUGGGAAGCCGAAGAGCUCAGUCAGUUUGCUUAUUUGCUUUGGACGGAGGACUGGUCUACAGGGGCUCAGAAGCGCAGGCACUCCUCCGCAGGCGCACUUGUCCGGCGAAGGAUGAGAGAGCGGGGCGGCGCUUGGCAAAGGUGGGCGCGACGGCCUGAAGCUAGCGACGAAUGGCCGCGGCAGCGUGGCGAAGCGCGCGUGGAGCGUGAAAGCGGCCAACGCAGGCUUGCUCGCUGCUUGGGAGGGAGCUGGCGGGGGCGUAGGGGUCUCGGUCGCUGCGCUGACUGAGGCUAGAGAAGGAGGAGGUAUGUCGCUGCUGCUCGGCCAGGCAACGGGUCGUUUCCCCUGUUGAAGGGGUCGUUUCCCCUUUUCCUCAGGACUGCCGUCAAGGACAGGCUUUGGUGCUCCCAAAGGUGAACUUCCCAAAGCAGUUUACAGAAAAGCUUAAAUAAGGACCCAUACAUCAAACAACAUGUUUAGAUCUUUACACUUCACUUCAACAUGGAAAUCCUGCUUCAGAAUUUCUCUGCUGACAGCAAAACAUAAAGGGCAAAUUUGACGUUUCCUCAUGUUGCUUAAGAAGUGGAUGUUGAAGAACGGGAAGUAACUAACCAUGCUGAGCUUCUCAUACCUCUUGAGCACAUUUCUCAUCUCGCCUGUGGGGAUAAAGCAGCUGUUGCCAUUGGUUCAAAACAGCUAAAUUCUUCUUGUGGAUUUUUGCAAACGUGCUCCAAAAGCAAACAGUGCAGGGCAAAGGCAUGAUGCAUCAUCAUCAUCAUCACCACCAUCUAAUAUUUUUCAUUGGAAUGUUGCUUGUCUACCGAAAAACAGUUGCAGAUCCUCGAUGUUCAGUGAAAGGCAAGUUUGCGAACUAUGAUGCAUGCAGCCUCACUCAGGUUCCACCUCUGCCUGAAGAUAUAGUUAUGCUCUCCCUAAACUUCAAUUUCAUCCAGGAAGUGAAUGUUGCCUCCUUCCCAUUGCUGGAGAGACUGCUUGUUUUGUCACUUGGAACACAGCAAGUCUCUCCUGUAACCAUAGGAAAUGAAACUUUUAGAAACUUGCCAAAUCUUCAGCAACUUGAUUUGGGUGGCAAUAAAAUCCUCCUGUUGAACCCAGAUGCUUUUUUGGGCCUAUCUGCAUUGCGUGUACUUCGGCUAUAUUUUAAUGGACUUAAGGAGUCCAUUCUGGAGGAGGAUUACCUUCGAGAUUUGGUCUCUCUGGAAUAUCUGGAUCUUGCUUACAAUGAGAUCACUAGGCUUCGUCCUCACCAUUUGUUCUACAGCAUGACAUCCUUGGAUAUUCUGAACUUGAAAUUAAACAGGAUCAGGACCAUAUGUGAAGGAGAUCUUGAGAGCUUUCAGGGGAAAGCUUUCAAAGUGUUAAUUCUUGAGUCUAAUCAGUUGUAUACAGCAAAUCCUGUGGACUGGACAUCUUGUGGGAAUCCUUUAAAAAACAUUCUCAUAGAUACAUUGAUUGUUGAUGGUAAUGGCUGGGGUGUAGCUACAACACAGCAAUUCUGCAAAGCUAUUCAAGGAACACAACUUACAGCUUUAAGACUUGGACAUCACACCAUGGGCUCUUCAUUUGGCUUCAAUAACCUCAAGGAUCCAGACAAUAGUACAUUUUCAGGUCUUGCUAACAGUGGCCUUCAUAUACUUAAUAUUUCACAUGGUUAUAUUUUCUCUCUUAACCCAUACGUAUUUCAGUAUCUUGGCAUCUUGGAAUUGCUUGAUCUUAACAACAAUAAGAUUAAUCGGAUUCAAAAAACAGCAUUUUUUGGUCUUUGGAACCUGAAAUAUCUAAUCCUCUCCUACAAUCUCCUGGGGGAACUUCUCGAUGACACCUUCAAAGGACUUCAUAAUGUGCUUUCUAUAGAUUUGCAAUAUAAUCAUAUUGGGGUGAUUGGUGGGGCUCCAUUCAAAUACUUGCAAAAGCUUCAGGCACUAGACCUCAGGGAUAAUGCCCUAAAAAGAAUUGAGUCACUUCCAUAUCUCAUAAAUGUUUUUUUAGGUGGCAACCGGCUGGUCUCUAAAGGACUUGACAAAAUAAAGGCUAUAAAUACUACUUUCCUUGACUUGGGAGGAAACAGGUUGGAAGAUCUGGGUGACCUCUAUGAACUCCUCAGAAUUCCGGAUUUGCAAGGGAUCAUUUUAAACUACAAUCGUUUAUCUUACUGCUACAAACAUAAUGAUAUUUCAGAGAACAACCAGCUAACCUACUUGGAUCUUGGGGAAAAUAUGUUGACGCUUGUAUGGGCAAGAAAUGCUUGCUUAGAUGUCUUCAAGGCACUUUCCAAGCUUCAAGUCCUCCAUCUUAAUAAUAACUAUCUUAGUUUCCUUCCAGAAGGUAUAUUUGAUGGCCUGGUAUCACUGCAGAGGCUUAAUUUGGCUUCUAACCUGUUGACUUACAUUUCUCACAAUGCCUUACCUACAAACCUGAAGAAGCUUGAAUUGUCCUCAAACCAGCUGUUUUCUCCAAAUCCUGACAUCUUUGCAAAUCUAGACUAUCUGAAUAUUACCUAUAAUAAAUUUUACUGUGAUUGCCACUUAAGCAGCUUCAUUCUGAUGCUAAACCAAACAAACAUCACCAUAGCUGGAUCACCAGAGGACAUGUUUUGUUUUGGACCGCCUGAACUUGCUACUGUUCCCCUAUAUACACUUUCUGUUGAUAACUGCUCUGAAGACAAACUCUUGGAGCCUCUGCAGUUAUCACUCUUCAUCUUGACUUGUGUUAUUUUGACAGUGUUCCUAGCAGUAGUGAUUGUGUUUACUCGCUUUAGGGGGACUUGUUUUGUUUGCUAUAAGACUAUUAUAAAGAUGUUCUUGAAGGAGCGUCCACCAGAGGUCAACAGAGAGACUUGUAGAUAUGAUGCCUACCUGUGCUAUAGCAUCAGGGACUUUGAGUGGGUCCAAGAUUCCUUGAUAAAGCACCUGGACUCCCAGUAUGCUGACAAUAAUAGGUUUGCACUCUGCUUUGAAGAGCGAGAUUUCCUACCAGGGGAGGAUCAAAUUGUCAACAUUCGUGAUGCCAUCUGGAAUAGCAGGAAAACUAUUUGCAUUGUGACCAAGCAGUUUCUCAAGGAUGGCUGGUGUGUGGAAGCUUUUAAUUUUGCACAGAGUAGAUACUUUUCUGACCUGAAAGAUGUCCUCAUUAUGGUUGUUGCUGGAUCACUUUCUCAGUAUCAGCUAAUGAAAUACCAGCCAAUUAGAGUUUUUCUGCAAAGAGGUCGGUACUACAGAUGGCCUGAAGACCAACAAGAUGUGGAAUGGUUUUUAAGCUCGCUUUCUCACCAAAUACUAAAGGAGAAGGAGGUCAAAAAGAAGCCUACAUCAUUGCAAACUGUAGAAUUGCAAACUAUAGCUAUCUCGUAAUGGAGAAGUUGGCAACCAUUUCAAUAGCAUAAGAGAACAGGUUCUUCAAAUAAUUGAGGCAGUUCUUGGAAUACACAGAACCCUAAUAUCUCCACAUAAGCAAGGCACCAGAAUUGCUCCAUGAGCACUUGGGUGACCUUUGGGUUGUUCCCCUUGACUGCCAAGUGCAAGAUUAAACAACCAUGUCAUGCUUGGUGGAAGUGACUGAGCUUUGGGCUGCAGAGAUCAAUAUGCUCCCCUGGAGGGACCUUACACAAGCAGGUGUGUGGUUAAAUGAAAGGGCUUCUGAUCCUGUUAAUUGUUUGUGCUCUUGUUGACUUAAGGAUUAUUAAUAACUAGCCGACCCCACACAGAGCAUCUGUGCCCUCUUUGGGGCCGGCGGUUACCUCUUCUCCCCCACCUUCUGCCCCAGACUCCACUUCCAGGCCCAGCUGCCUCUCCUCCCCACUGCCCCCCCUUUCUCCCCCCCCACUCUUGGGCCUUGCCUCCACAGCUGGGCUGGGCCCGCCGCUGCCUCUGGCCUCUGCGGCCUGGCCUAUUGCUGCCGUGGCAACCGAUCCUCCUGGGUGCGCCUGAGUCAAUCAGGCCCGUCCGCUGCCCAGCCAAUCAGCUGGGCGCUGGGACGCACAUUCCAAAGCACACCCAGGAGAAUUAUAUAUAUGUAGAUUAACAUCCCAUUAUGUUGCUUGGGAACCUGUUGCCAAUUUCUAGCUUUUGUGGUUUCAGAGAUUAAAUUAAAUUUAUGAAGGUACUGUUUAUUGAGUCAGAACAUUGGUCUGUCGAUGUGGUCUGUAAUGGCAGUGGCUCUCCAGGGUUUGAGAAAAAAGACUUUCCAAACCCUACCUGGAGACUGAACCCUACCCAGGGGCUGAACUCGGGACAUUUUGCAUGCCAAGCAGGUGUUCUGCCACUGAGUUAUGGCCCCUCUCCACAUAGGAUGCAACGACUAAAUUUUCCAUGAUGCCCUUUUCAGCACGCAGCAGAACUGGCUACCCCUACUGAUGCUUACUGUAUAAUCGUCUUAUUGUACAUAUAUAAAAAUGAAUAUAGGUAGGUUUCUCACAAGCACAAUGUCUUGUUCUACUGAAAGGCUACAGCUUUUGAGUGUCAACUGCCUUGAGGCCUGUUCUGUUUGAGAUCUUGGUGGAAUGCAGCAGAGUUCUGCAUCUCCUGCUUUAUUUAGUAAAGUAAAGUGUGCUGCCGAGUUGGUGUUGACUCCUGGUGACCACAGAGCCCUGUGGUUGUCUUUGGUAGAAUACAGGAGGGGUUUACCUCUGCCGCCUCCCAUGCUGUAUGAUAUGACGCCUUUCAGCAUCUUCCUAUAUUGCUGCUGCCCGGUAUAGGUGUUUCCCAUAGUCUGGGUAAGUCGUGUGUUCUGACAAAUGAUAAAAACCUGUGUAAACACCUAUUGAAGCCAAGUUUUUCUGUAGUCUAACUUGGUAUCUUAACAGAUCUUACGGACAUUUUUCACUUGUAUAUCUUAGCAUCCCUGCAGUGAUCACUUUGUUGAUCCUAAGAGCUCACUGUUUUUCUCUUUUCCCAAACUUUUACUUAGUCUAGAAAUCUCAAUAUGCACAUGUCCCAUGAUGAAGCAAAAAGUGUACAUUGGAAAAGUGCUAAACCUUUUAACAUUCAGCACCAAACUUCUUAAAAUGUGCUCAAUUUUAAAAGUGGUUUUAAUGUUAGAGCUGUGGUUUUUUGACUGUUUUGUUUAUUUGCUAUUUAUACUGUGAUAAUUUGUAGAUUUUUAUACUUGGUAAAACUGUCAGUUUUUUCUAAUGUUUACAUUACAAAUAAAAAAAUUUAAGUGUUCCA